AUGGUAGGAUUAUUGCUGUUGAAUCUGGUAGAGAUCAGUCCAUAUGUUCUACAAGCUGAAAUGAAAUUCGACGAUAAAGGUAAUCGAUAUGUGAAAACUGACACAACAUACUACGGACUGGAUAAGAAUCAUACACUGACAAUCAAGGUGGACGAUUGUGUAAUCACAUUGGAUUUCUCUCCUCCUAAGAAAUCUGAGAUCAAGGAAAAGAAGGGUACUCGAAAGGUUACAGUGACUAAAGGAUGUGACAAAGUGUUUAAGAAAUCUGCUGAAUUGAAAAAAGCUAAGAAUUAAACAUUUCAUUUUGGCCGGUACAACAGUGAAAGUUCCAAGAAGAUAAUUCUUUGUCUUGCAAACAGAUGAUCUUACUUGUCAGAUAAUAAAUACAUUUCGU